CCUCCACCGGUCUGCCGUCCGCGUCCCUUCCCGACGCACACCCCUCCGCCCCUCCUGUGACCCCGCGCCCAGCCCUCCUCUCCGCUCGCGGCCAGAGGGAGCCAGUUUGCAGACGGCCGCACCUGGCCGGAGAGGUUGGGCCGGUGGAGGGGUGGGGAUCCGCGGGAACCGGGAAGCCAGACCCAGAGCUGGGUGCACCGCCAGGAGAAUGGAGACUCCUAACAGCCUCCCGGGGCUGAUGUGAAAUUUGACCAUCUGAUUCCAGCUUGUCUUUCCUUUUCUUUUUAUAUUUUCUCCCCUCACCAUCCAUCGUGUACUCAAUUAUCAAAUCUUGCUCCGUUCCAAGAGGAGAUCAUGAUUGAGUGAAACCACCCUGUCCGCAGCAAGAAAAAGCACAAAGAAGAAACCGCAGCAAUGGCCAGGUUGACAGAAUCCAUGACUAAUGUCCUGGAGGGCGACUCCAUGGAUCAGGAUGUUGAGAGCCCUGUGGCCAUUCACCAGCCAAAGUUGCCUAAGCAGGCCAGGGAUGACCUGCCAAGACACAUCAGCCGAGACCGGACCAAAAGGAAAAUCCAGAGGUAUGUGCGGAAAGAUGGGAAAUGCAACGUCCACCAUGGCAAUGUGAGGGAGACCUACCGCUACCUGACGGAUAUCUUCACCACCUUAGUAGAUCUCAAGUGGAGAUUCAACCUGUUGAUUUUUGUCAUGGUUUACACAGUGACUUGGCUCUUUUUUGGGAUGAUCUGGUGGCUAAUCGCAUACAUCCGAGGAGAUAUGGACCACAUAGAGGACCCUUCAUGGACUCCCUGUGUCACCAACCUCAAUGGGUUCGUCUCUGCUUUUUUAUUCUCAAUAGAGACAGAAACCACCAUCGGUUAUGGCUACCGGGUCAUCACGGACAAGUGCCCAGAGGGAAUUAUUCUCCUCUUAAUCCAGUCUGUGCUGGGGUCCAUUGUCAAUGCAUUCAUGGUGGGAUGCAUGUUUGUAAAAAUAUCACAACCCAAGAAGAGGGCAGAGACCCUGGUUUUUUCCACCCAUGCAGUGAUCUCCAUGAGAGAUGGGAAACUAUGCCUGAUGUUCCGAGUAGGGGAUCUCAGGAAUUCCCACAUCGUUGAGGCUUCCAUCCGAGCCAAGUUGAUCAAGUCCAAACAGACCUCAGAGGGUGAGUUCAUCCCCUUGAACCAAACAGAUAUCAAUGUAGGGUAUUACACCGGGGAUGACCGUCUGUUUCUGGUAUCACCACUCAUCAUCAGCCACGAAAUUAACCAACAGAGUCCUUUCUGGGAGAUCUCCAAAGCCCAGCUGCCCAAAGAGGAACUGGAAAUUGUGGUCAUCCUUGAAGGAAUGGUGGAAGCUACAGGGAUGACAUGCCAGGCUCGGAGUUCCUACAUCACGAGUGAGAUCCUGUGGGGUUACCGGUUCACACCUGUCCUGACGCUGGAAGACGGGUUCUAUGAGGUCGACUACAACAGUUUCCAUGAGACCUAUGAGACCAGCACCCCAUCCCUCAGUGCCAAAGAGCUGGCUGAGCUAGCCAGCAGGGCAGAGCUGCCCCUGAGUUGGUCUGUGUCCAGCAAACUCAAUCAACAUGCAGAACUGGAGACCGAAGAAGAAGAAAAGAACCUCGAGGAACAAACAGAAAGGAAUGGUGAUGUGGCAAACCUAGAGAACGAAUCCAAAGUUUAGUCUCCUAGCUGGGCAGCUCCUUCUCCUCUCCCCUCGCACAACCUUUUCUUGUCUCUCAUUCUCUUUCUUUUUUGUCUCUCUUACUUGGUUGUUUAUUUAUUUAUAUUUAAUUUUGACAUUAUCAGAAAACAAAUCUUCAAGGUGUAAAAUAUCUACCUGCCCUCUCUCAGUUAUUCAGAUUGAUAAGGUAGACGUGGAUUUGGUUAAGGUGCAACAUGCCCUCAUUUGUGGCCCAAGCUUGCUCUCUUCCCGAAAUACAACACAUCCGACUCCUAGGGAUUUAAGCUACUUACCUGCAUGUCUUGUACAAUACCAGAUCACUCAAAGAGUGUGUCAAAGAUUUUACCUGGGAUAUGACAAGUUAGGUCUCUGGUGCCUAUUAUUCAUGCAGUGAGACAUAGCAUAUAACCCUCAGUUUUAUAGAUUCAAAUAAAUUUCAUCUACAGGGUGAGGUGCUUGACCCAUACCGGCAUUGCAGUUAUAGGACCCAGGUCAGGUAAAGACAAAACACUGUACAUAUAUAUGCCUUAUGUAAUUACUUUCUUUUCGCAGUUAGUAAUAAAGCCCAGCAUGUACAAAAGUACUGUAGAACUUCUAAAUAAUGUACAUAAAUGUAUAAUUAUUAUAGGUUUAGAUAUAUAACUUUAGAAAUAAGAUGCAAAAAAAAAAAAAAAAGAUUCCCAGUGUACAGUAGGCAUUUCUGUUCUGAUGUCUUUGCUUCCUUAAUUUCUUUGGUCCCAUUGACUCCGGCCCUUAGUGCAUGGCCUUCGUUCCGUGUCCCAGACUGGUAGUGUUUGGGUACCUCACUGCUCCCUUGCUGAUUCCUUCAUUGAAUCUAAUAAGCCAUAGGUCUGGGGGAAGUUAGGUGGUCUAGUACAUGGCAAAACCCACCACCAUUAUGCUGAUAUACUGUGAAAUGUUUACAAAACUGAGGUCUCUUUUUUUGGUAACAGGAGCCUCACUGAUUAGCCUGUGGGGAUAUUCCAGGGGGAGGACACCCUCUGGCAUGUCACCAAUGAUGUGUUUAUGCUUUUCCCAUGAGCUGCCACCCUUUGCAGUACAAGAGUUUGGGAAACUCUUCUACAAAACCAUGGAUUCUCCAGCUGUUCCACUCUGUAAUCAUGAGAAACUACAGACUUUAAAAAAUGAGACAUGGUAAUUUAGCAGAAGAUGGUUUGGGUCUAAAGCCAUGACAUUCAUGAAGGCAUGUGGUAGGAGACAUGUAUUGUAAUCAUUCUCCUUACAAACUUUGAAUCCAUCUGGCUCUCUUCCUGUCCCUGCCAGCUUAUCCAUCAGCAUUUCCUGCAUUUGUAUUUAUUACUAUUCUUAUUCUUCUAUUAUUAUGAAAUGACCAGAGUUCAGUAGUAAAGAUUAGAUCAACAAUCUAGGUGACUAUGAAAUCUUUCUAGAGAGUGCCAUGGGUGAAAAAUCAAAUCCAAAAUGUCUCCCAAUCAGAAGAAAACAAGCAAAAAACUGCAGCCUUAAUUCAUUUUAAUCUGCAA